GGAGGGCUGGGGAGAGUCAUUUGCCCACUGCCCACACAACCCUAACCUAAUUCCCAAAAUCCUCAGUUCCCCUGCUCACUUGCUGCAUCCCCCAUUCCUCGUCCUCACCCUCGACGCUCAUCACGUCUGAGCCUUGCCACAGAUCAGAAGUUCGCCUCCGUUUAGCCCCUUCUGCCGCUGAGUUUGUCAUCACCGUCAAUCCCUGAAUCGUCUUCCCCGUUCUAGGCGUGGUAGUUCUUCUUCUUUGAUCUUCAUUCUGCUUCUUUGAUAUGCCAUUUUACCCUGUCUCCCUCUUCGUUCGGGGUCAACUCUCCUCUCGUGUUUCGGCGUGAAAUACAUAUUUUACAUGGCAACAGCUGAGGCAGCUUCUGCUGCUCUUGGUCCCCGAUAUGCACCUGAUGACCCCACUCUUCCAAAACCUUGGAAGGGACUGAUUGAUGGAAGUACGGGUCUAUUAUACUAUUGGAACCCUGAAACCAACGUUACCCAGUAUGAAAAGCCUACUGCUCUGCCACCACCUUUGCCUGCUGGGCCACCUGCUGCUGUUUCUACACCCAAGCUGGCUCCUAUCCCAGUGGCUCAUUCAGUGCAACCUGGUGGGGUGGUGGCACAACAUGGACAGCAGUUACUGCAAACGUCUCACCAACAGGGACAGCAAAUGAGCCACCUAUCCCAACAACAUAGUCCUCAGGUAGCACAGGUUGCUCAGCAGCAGCCUUCUCAGGCAGCACAAUCUGGACAACAACAGAGUUCCCAGCCACUGCAGUCUAUGCCGCAACCAGGUUUGCAACAAGUCAGGCAGCAGCAGAUGUUGCAGCCUCUAAGUCAGCAAAUUCCGCCACAGCAAAUGCAUCAUCAGAUGCCUCAACAAGCCAUCCAGUCACAACCUUUUGGGCAAGGAGCCACCCAGGAUCAUGGUUCAUAUAUGGGACAGCCACAAGGUCAUCAAUUCAGUCACCAGAACGUACAUUACAUGCCCUAUGCACAAAGCAUGCACUCAAAUGGGCAGCAAAGUUCCCAACCAAUCCAGCAUAACGUGCACGGUCAGCCAUUGGAAAAUCAACAGGAGUAUAAAGCAGCAUUUCCCAAGAUAGAGGAUGUAGAUUUUAAAAAUGGAAGUCAAGUUGGACUUUCACCAUCUCAAUAUCAACAAAAGAGUGCCUUGCCCCUGCAAAGCAAUCAGAACAUUCCUGCUGGAAUUUCCUCUGUCCAGAUGCCACGUGUUGGUGUUAAUGCUAGCCAAUCACAACCAUUCGGUGCUAUGCCUGGGAGUAUGCAACAACCCUCUGCAGCAAUGCAAUCACAGCAGGGUAGUGCUGAUUUAGUUUAUCAACAUGGUCAUAGCUUUCAAAACCAGAUGCCCCCAGGAAUGAUGCAUGGUCAACCAUCUAAUGUUCAUCCUGGUGACCUAAAGAUGGGACAUGAGGAUAACUUGCGUGGUAGAGCUGUGAAUGAAUAUUACUACAACUCUGGCAAGGAGAUGCCAUCAAUGGGUUCUCAGCAGCCAAAUAUUGCGCCAAUACCCAUUUCCAGAAAUCAGCAGGCUUAUCAGCAGGAUAUGAGGAUUGGCAGUUCCCCUUUCCAAAAUGCAAUGCCUGGUGGGAAUGGGUUAAAUGGCGUCCCAGGGCAUAAUAUGCAUAACAUGUUUAAUCCUCCGAUUGGAGGACCUCCACCAGUCGCUAGCAACUCUUUGACAAGGCCUCAUGUCACUGAUCUGUCACCUGCUGAAGUUUACUGUCAGCAACAUGAAGUUACAGCCAUGGGCGACAAUGUUCCUCCCCCCUUCAUGACAUUUGAUGCUGCUGGGUUUCCUCCAGAGAUUUUGAGAGAGAUCUAUUCUGCUGGCUUCUCAACUCCAACACCUAUUCAAGCUCAAACAUGGCCUGUUGCCCUACAGGGUAGGGACAUAGUGGCUAUUGCCAAAACAGGCUCUGGAAAAACAUUGGGUUAUUUAAUACCAGCAUUUAUGAUUCUUAGACAGAGGCGUAACAAUUCCCUGAAUGGACCCACAGUGUUGGUAUUGGCUCCUACACGUGAACUUGCAACACAGAUUCAAGAUGAGGCCAUAAAAUUUGGCCGAUCAUCACGGGUCUCCUGCACGUGCUUGUACGGUGGGGCACCAAAAGCUCUUCAGCUAAAGGAGUUAGAUCGCGGAGCAGACAUUGUUGUUGCUACACCUGGCCGGCUCAAUGACAUACUUGAAAUGAAGAAAAUCGACUUUGGGCAAGUCUCACUUCUUGUGCUUGAUGAGGCUGACCGAAUGCUUGAUAUGGGUUUUGAGCCUCAAAUCCGUAAGAUCGUGAAUGAGAUACCACCACGUAGGCAAACUGUUAUGUACACAGCAACAUGGCCAAAAGAAGUACGAAAAAUUGCUGGUGAUCUCCUUGUUAAUCCUGUCCAAGUUAAUAUUGGAAAUGUUGAUGAGCUUGCUGCAAAUAAAGCUAUCACACAGUAUGUUGAAGUUGUCCCACAAAUGGAGAAACAAAGGCGUUUAGAGCAGAUCAUCAGAGCCCAAGAACGAGGUUCCAAGGUCAUAAUAUUUUGUUCCACAAAGAGGUUAUGUGAUCAACUUGCACGUAGCAUUGGCCGUACUUUUGGUGCUGCUGCAAUCCAUGGAGACAAGUCUCAAGGUGAAAGAGACUGGGUUUUGAAUCAGUUUAGGACUGGGAAGUCACCGGUUCUAGUUGCCACUGAUGUUGCUGCCCGGGGGCUGGACAUUAAGGAUAUAAGGGUUGUGAUCAACUAUGAUUUCCCUACUGGAAUUGAGGACUAUGUGCACCGUAUUGGUCGUACAGGAAGGGCUGGAGCCACUGGAGUGUCAUACACCUUUAUCUCCGAGCAGGACUGGAAACAUGCAGGUGACUUGAUUAAAGUUUUGGAGGGUGCUAACCAGCUUGUGCCUCCAGAGUUACGGCAGAUGGCUCUGCGUGGGCCAUCUAACUUUGGAAAGGAUCGUGGUGGAAUGAGCCGUUUUGACUCUAGUGGUGGCCGUUGGGAGUCUGGUGGCCGUGGUGGCAUGAGAGAUGGUGGUGGGUUUGGUGGUCGAGGUGGCAUGAGAGAUGGUGGUGGGUUUGGUGGUCGAGGUGGCAUGAGAGAUGGGGGUGGGUUUGGUGGUCGUGGUGGCAUGAGGGAUGGUCCAGGUGCGCAGGGUGGAAGAGGUGAUUUCUUUCCUGGUAGGGGCAACAGGGGUCGGGGAAUGGGUGGCCCUCGAGGUGGUCAGGUUGGCUGGGGUAGGGGUGAACGUAAUUCUCAUGAUCGUUACAACAUGGACGGGCGAGGACGUGGGCGUGGGCGUGGGCGUGGGCGUUUCGACGACAGAAGGGAUGUUGGUUACAGGAAUAGAGGCAGAAGUUACAGUCGCAGCCCUGAAAGGGUUCGAACAUGGGAUUAUAGCAGAAGUCGCAGUAGAAGCAGAAGCAGAAGUAGAACCCAAAGCAGGAGCAGGAGCUGGAGUAGGGGACGCAGUCGAAGUCGCAGCUGGUCUCGUGGCCGGAGUCGCAGUUACAGCCGUAGCAACAGCCGGAGUUGGAGUCCCAGUCGGAGCCAUGGCCGCAGGAGUCAAAGUUACAGCCGCAGCCGUAGUAGAAGCCGCAGCCAUGAUAGACGUGAUAGGCCAGAUCAACAUGUUUCUGAUCAGAAUGAGCAUAGAGCACAAGAAGCAGAAGCUUCUGAACCAAGAACGUUCUCCAUGUCUCCUGGUACCCGGGAGAACUCACUUCUGGGAAGUGAACACGUGGAACAGCUACCUGUUGCUGGUAGUGUUGGGACAGUUAAUUCAGGGGCUGCAGUAGACCCUUGCCUUCAAUCAGUUCCUAAUGUCUAGAGUGGUGCUUUAAUUGAUUCUCCCGUUUUUGGAAGGGUAUGUCCUACACUUGUCCACCGGUUGGCUAUGUUAACCUCUCACAUAUUUGGAUUAUUGGCUUUGCAUGCUCUUACGGGAAUCGAGGUUGAUUAUCUGAAGGUUUGCUAAAAGCUUCACACAUCUCGGUGGAAGUAGCAAAUCUUGGGUUGGCUAAAAUAUAUAGUUGACAUUUAUUUUGAUCUUAUUUGUUGUAUCAAUCGUGGCAUUGGGAUAUAGACUACUGAAUCGCAAUUCUUGCAUUCUUGUAUCGGAUCACAUUACUAUCAUGGUAAUUUUUGUUUCCUUUGUUUCCCUGAAACUAACUCGACAUCUACCCUGUA